UCUCUUCAACAUCCUCUUUUUUCUUUGAUUCAGCUCAUAGGGAUCAGAAUCCAAUGCGUUCGAGUCGGAGGUGUGGAAAUACCUAACAACAAACGCGUAGAGUUCUCGCUGCAGCACAUCCACGGCGUCGGCCGAAGCCGUUCUCUUCAGAUCCUCUGCGACCUCGGAAUGGAGAAUAAAAUCACUAAAGAUCUGUCCGAAGACGAGCUCAUCCAACUCCGUGAUGAAGUUUCCAAGUAUAUGAUCGAGGGAGACCUCAAACGUUUCAGUCGGCUGGCGAUUGAGAGGUUGACGGAGAUCCGAUGCUACAGGGGGAUUAGGCACCAGAUGGGGCUUCCGUGCAGGGACCAAAGGACGAAGAACAAUUGCAGAACGCUCAAGGGUAAGAAGGUAGCGGUAGCCGGAAAAAAAAAGACUAAGUGAUGGUAUCUUCUUCUAUGAUUCUGAGUGGAUGGUGUAUGUCUCUUGUUAUUAUUUAGUCCAAUUCUUCUUCUACCUGUAGAAAGGCUACCAAAAAUGCUUUAUGAGACCUCUCCAAUGGCAUUAUCUUGAUUUCUAGAUUCA